AUCCCAGGUAUUUGUGGGGCAUGCUCUUUGCUUGGUUUCUCUUGUGCAGCAUGGUUGUGUUCUGGGGUUGGGGGAGAGGAAUAGAAUGAAAGGGCUGUUUUGCGGAGAGACUGGAUCCUUUGCUCUUCGGCCCAUGUUGUGGGGUGGCAGUAGAAACACAUGAUCAGGAGGUGGCUGGCUGGAAGGGAGGUGGGUCAGGCAGGAACUGGAAAUGGUGCAGUCUGAACUAUUAUACCUCACUUGUCCUUAUGACAAACCAAUGAAGUUGGCAACUGUUACUCUCAUUUUGCAGAUAAGGAACAGAGGCAGUUUCAAGUUCUGCACGCUGGACAGAACUCUGCACACUGGACAACACUGCCUCUGUUAACGUACAAAUUGGUUGUGGUAGCUUAUGGAUAGAAUACUGUAGAGUGCUGAAAAUGAGAGGAGUAACUUUUCCAAAGUUGUGAUGAUGGGGUUGUUUAAAGCACAGGGAUUCCAAAUCAUACAGCUCUUUACUGCCAGGCUUGGGAAGGGUUAAAGUGCUGCAGGAUUCCAGACGCCAAUCAGGGGUGCAGGACUCAGCUAGCUUGGUCUGAGCAUCCCCAUCCUCAAGCUGCCUUGGAGUGGGGAGCCGGAUGCCCAAGGUGAACUUGCAUGUACUGCAGGGCUUGGGUACCAGUUGUGGAGUCAUGCAGCGUCUGGGGGCCAAACUGUCUUGGUGGGCCAUCUGAUACUUGCAUCUUCUAAGGGUGAAGCAUGAGGAGCUUUGACGACGGCGGACACUGAGCUGUGCCAUCAGACAUCAGCAAUGGCUGCCAUGGGGCUGUUCUUUGCCUGGCAUCUGCUCCUACCUGUGUUGCUCCAGGCGUUCCGCCUUCCCACCCCCGACGGCCCUGCCUGGGACCCAUCUUUGAGUUCUGUCCCAGGGCUGCCUCUACUGAACGGCCCUUUCCAAGAGUCCCUCCCAAGUGCCCCACCAGCUGUGCCCCAUUCCGAUCCCUAUGCCCACGAGCUCUCUAGUGGUGAUGGGGAGCCAAGUGACGAGAACUGGAGAGGUGCCAGUCCCACUGCCCACCCUGGGACCCCGAUAACCACGGUGACCCUUGACCUCCCUGCAGUGACCAGUUCUGGCUUGGGGACACCUCCUGGUGCUCCUGAAGGAAGCCCGGCUCCCCACCUCAUUGAGGGGCUGCCUCAAGGAGGUGACUUCCUUCUGCCCGCAGUGGGCCCUUCUGGGGUUGAAGAAAAGCCUCAGGAUAUUGGCCAGGUGACUGUGGAACUCAGUCCAGAGCAGGGAAAGGACGAGCUGUCACUUUCCAGGCCUAGCACUGAAACGACAAGCAUAGCCGUUACUGGGACGGCCUCGUCCUCGGUCAGAGUGGAGGCCUCAGGCUUACCAGCCUCCCAGGAGAAGACGACACACAGUCACCUCCAAGCAGUGCCGAAGGAUGUCGCCAUGGUUACCACACUAAGCUCCAGGCCCACUGUGUCCACCAUCCCCUUGGUGAUGCUGACUGCUGACGGAUCCCCUGUAAAGUGGAUGGCAACCGAGGGCACCACUGAUACUAAAGGCAGCAGUUCCAUAGAGCUGCCAGCAAGCAGGGUGCCACAGCAGGAGCUGCUUGGCAGGAAUCAGACCACAGUAAAAUACUUGGCUUCGUUCAGGAGCACCCAGGCCUAUGGUGGCCCACAGGGCAGGGAGGACUUGGCUACCUCUCCUUUUAGACCCACUCAAGCAGUUGGAUACACCCAGAGUCCCUGGAAGGGAACUGUACCCAUUGCUUCCACCUCUCAGACACCACCGUUGGCCAGUACAGCUGUCUCACUGGAUGAGAAGGGUCAUGGACUCCCCGCUCUUCCAGUAAGCUCCCAUCAGCCCACAUCACAAGGCUUCUUCCCUAGCCCUUCCACCCCUUCACCAGCAGGGGGCAUGGCAGGGACCCAGCGGCCAGUUGAAAGAAUCACCCAUUGGGGUCUGAUCAUUGAUACAACGCAGCGGGUAGGGCCUCGGGAUAUGGCAGGAACCCAACAGAUUCACCCCCAUGGCAGCUCAGUGAAGCCUUCCUUCACCAACUCCGCUGACUCAGGAGCUGGGCGAGUGGUUGAUGCUGACCCCCAACGAGUCCGGGGAGCUGUGAUCCCAAAGAUUCCUGUUACUUAUGUUGGUUCCUUUACCCCUGGCACCUCUGUGGUGGGGAAGGGCCCAGGAGCCAGGCAAACAGAUGCAGUUGGGACUCGUCCUCCUGGGCAGAGCAGCACAACCACUUCUGCCCGCCUUCUGGCUACUCCACGCCGUGGCCUAAUCCGAGUAACCACUCAAAGAGUCCUCCAACAUCCUCAGCUGGCCCGACCAGAGCCUAGUCUGCCCGCUACCCUGCCGGCCUCCAAUCCCCCCUGCUCACGGCCUGGUAGCGCCUGCAGCCAGCUGUUGCCCAAUCAGACCUUGCUGCGCUGGGCGGACCUUGAGCGAACACUGAACUUUGCCUGGGCACUCCAUGUCUAUGGUUCAGGCGUGCUCUUCCUGCUGCUGAGCCUGCUGAGCUUGGCCUGUCUGGUGGGCUCUCUGGCUGUGCAUGUGCCACAUCUCCUGUGCGUCAUGGGUGCCAGUGCCCUGCUGCUGGUCUUUGGGGUACUGCGUGCCACGUUCUUUCUGGUUGACCCAUAUGGCUCACGAGGCUGGCUUCCCACCCGUGCUGUGAGGGUGCUGUACACGGCCCCCUUCCCUCUGCUGCUCAGCACCUUCGCAGUCCUCUUGCUUCGCCUCCUCCGUCAGGCGCGCUUGCAGGUCUUGCCGCCAAAGUUUCAGAGUCUGCCCUUGCUGGCUGUCCUAGGGUCUAUGCAAAGCAUCGUCCUUCUAGGGGCUGACUUAUUUUCACCCCCCCUGCACCCAUCAGUGGCCGUGGGGCUGCACACGCUUUCCUGCAGUGCUGGUUUUGGCCUCCUGCCGGCCACUAUCUUUGUGUACUGGCGGCUACGGCGCAAUGUGGUGGCUGAGGGCACCCCAGAACCAGGCGUGUGGAGUGGGGCAUGGGUGCUGCUGGCAAGCAGUGGGUUGGCCCUCCCAUGCUGCGGGCUGCAGCUGUAUGGAGUGCUGUGGCUCUCGGGGCUGUUAUUCCAGCCAGACGUUUUCACCUGGGGCUGGUGGUUUGUGCAGUUCUGGUUCCGGAUUGGUGAGCUGGUGCUCUCCCUCACCCUGCUCUUCCUGGCCUGGCAGGCCCUUUGCCAGCGUUGCGGAAGCUCUGACCACUCUUGCUGGGUCAAGCUCAUGCGCUACUUCUGUACCUACCGCAAGGCCGAGGUGCCAGAGUACCCCAACAACUGUUACGACUGGACGGGAGGCAUCCUCGAGAAAGUCCCCAACAACGAUAUCAGUAAGAACCUGAUCCGAAACCCUCCUAGCAGCGGGCGCCUCUGGGCACUCAAGGACAGCAACGAGUUGCGGGCAGCUGUGGGCCAGGGUUCCAGCCCAUCCCCGGUGCGCCCUGUCUACAGCCCCAAGUGCCCCAAUGCAGCCGCUGCCGCCAUGGGCCGCUCCUACACCAGCAUCUGCUUUGAGCGGGAUUCCGUGCUCUCCCUGGCGGAGCUGGAGUUCCGGCCUCCUUCCCCCAUCAACCUGAGCCGCAGCAUCGACGAAGCCCUCUUCCGCGAGCACUUGGUGCGUGACUCCAUCUUCCUGCGCUCCAGCCUCCACUUCCCUUCCCGCUUGGCCCGCCAGGACUCCUGCUCGUCACUCCGUGGGGACUGUUCCACGCUCUCCCACACUGCUCAGCCCCUGCUGGCCCGGCCACGCCGAAGCAGUGACCCUGACUGCCUGUACAGCUUAGCGCGGGCCAGCUCCAUGGGUGAGCUGACCACCCAGAGCCGGGGCCUGGUGAGUGAGCCCCCAACAGACACGUCCUUUGACAGCUUCUCCCACACCACCUUCUCUCGUGCCUCCCUCAAGAUUAGCUGGAACCCCUGGCGCCACGGCCUUUCCUCACCCGAGAGCCUGCCUCCCGAGGAGCUGCCCAACCAGUCCCAGAUGCUGCCAGAUGAACUGCCUCCAGCCCCAUCCAACAGCGCUCCAAACUCCGAGCGUGAAGCCAGGAAGAGUUUCCUGGCCCUCAGCAAGCAGGUGGAUUCCCGCAGCCUGUCCAGUGACACCAUUGAACUGUGAGGUUGGACAGUGGUUCCACCCUGCCUAUGCCCCUGGAGGCAACAGCAUGGUUGCCGGCUGCGGGGUAGGAGGAGGAGGAGACUGCUGUGGAGCUGGCUCCUUUUAAAGGGGUGGGGACAGAAAGAGUCCCGUUUUCCUUUGGACAAGCCAUGGGGCUUCCUCUGCCCCAACCAUUCCCAGUACUAGCCGUUGAUUUAAUGGCCCCGAAUAUGGUGCUGGGCUCCUCCUAUAGUCUCAGCCAUCCACACUGUGCCAGUCACAUGCUUAGCACCAGCCACUCACCUAGCCCCAAGCGCGGUAGUGCCCGCAACACCAGAACACCCACCCCCAACAUUCUGCAGGCAUCUCUGUUGGCCACCUCUGGGCUAUGGGAGGGAGAGACAGAAAUCUGGAAACCUUCCCAUUUCAGCAUGGAUGCAGCAUCACUAUCUCGACUGGGGCAGCACUAUCCCACCAAAGCCUCCAGCACAAUAGGCUCAACCCACCACAGCUGCUGUUAGUAAUGGUGAGUUGUGUGCUCUAUCAUAAAAAGAUACCCUUAGAGAUGAGGCUGAGAUGGGACAGGGUUGAUUUACCCUGGGAUACUUUGGGGAUGGGGCCGUAGUUCAGUGGUAGAGUACCUGCUCUGCAUGCAGAAGGUCUAAGGUUCAGUCCCUGGGCUCUCCAGGUAGGGUUGGGAAAGACUCCUGCCUGAAACCUGAAGAGCCAUGCCCGUCCGAGGAGUGAGCUAGAUGGACCAAUGGCCUGACUCCGUAUAAGGCAGCUUCAUAUAUUCAGGGACUGCUGAAGUGAUGAGUCCUAAGUGCAGCUGCUGGUAUAGGAAAUGGAUGUUGUUCAGUUGAAAAGCACAUGCUUUGCAUGCAGGAAGUCCCGUGUUCGACCCUUCAUGGCAUCUCCAGCUGAAAGGAUCUCAGGUUGCACAGUGGAGAAAGGAUUUAUGUCUGAGACUGUAACACAGUGCCACUGCCAGUAAGACCAGAUAAUAUUGGGCUAGAUGGACCAGUAGUCUGAAGCAGUGUAAGGCAACUUCAUGUGAGUCUGUGUGUCAGCAGUUCAUAUGGCAAAUCACAGAGUUGAGGUUUCUGGUUCAAAAUCCAUAAUCCCGAAAAUGUGAUGAUUUGUUUACAUCCUGAGAAAUGUUAUUCUUCAUUUAUCUUUUCUUUAAAAAACAACACCACCAAAAAGGUUUCUAGAUCUCAUAUUUGUGAAUACAUGAAAGUGUGAAUACAUGCAUCUAAUUUCUUCUCAGUUAUCAAAAACAGAGAAGACCCCUACACACAUCUUUGAUGUUUUUUAAGCCCUUCAGAGCUCCCUGUCUUCUUUCAUGAUGGCCCUCUGUUCAUAACCAUAUAUGAGUAUCCAUAUAUACAAUAUUGUUCUUUGCUCCCUGUGUCUCUUCUCAUUCCUAGAGAUUUUAAAAUUUCAGAUUUCUGCAAGCAUACUCCUACUCCUUGAAUGAAAGCAAGCCGAUGAUAUUUGCAUUCUAUCCCAGUUCUGUUUCAGUUUCUGAAUAUAGGUGUUUCUUUGUUUCAGGGGUGUUUUUUAAUUCAGAUUCUAACUUGUCAGAAAUGACUUGAAACUCAAAACAGUCUGGUGUUGGAGAUGCGGUGGAGGGCCUGUUGUAGGGUGGAGCGUAAGUUGAUGAGAUGUGCUGCUGCUACCUUGUCAGGCUGGGUCUCCUAAUAGCACAAGUUGUACUGCCUGGUAUCUAUCUGUCCCCUGCAAUGAUAGGGGAAAGAAAGAGUGGAGCUGUCCAGAUCUGUGGAUGGACAGGGGUUGAAUGUCAUAUGGUCUGUUUGUGCCAAAAAGAAAGAAAUAAACCUGUCAGAGGAUGUCA